AUGACAUUGGUAUCAAAACUCGUACUUUAUUGGGUUGUAUUUGCGUGUUGUGUAUCAAUUAUUAAAGUUAGUGGAAGUUGUUGGUCUAGUGCAUGGGGUGGAUGCAAUGACGGUGGUUGUCGUAAGAUGGGUGGCUACUGUGUGAACUUUGGUUUUCGACCGGAUAAUAACGAUUGUCGUUGUGUACCUUUGAGAGGCAAACGAUUCAUUUUCAACCAGACACCAAAAUAA